AUGGAGACGGGACAAGAAGCCACCCUUGAAAGGGCGCCAGGGACCAGCCAGCUAUUGCUAGGUUCAAGGAGAGCAUCCAACGGGUUGAAUUCCCUUGCCAACAUCCUGGCUGUCCGACGGAAAGAUGCAUCUUGCCUCCGAGAUGCGCUACCAGCGGGACUAGGGCGUCAAAAACAUCUACGUGCUGCGACGGAGAAUGGAACUUCUUCCCCGGUGUCAACAUGUUGUCCCGAGAUGCUCUGCACGUUCAGGGUUGGUGCGGACUAUGGAGGACAAGCGGCCGCCAUAUGCGCUCCAUCGAGCCGCAUCCCAUGGGGUUUGCCACCUUUUUGA